UGAUAAAUUAUUAAUAAAUAGUGGUGGAGAAAAUUAUAUAAUAAGGAUUCUUAAAUGUGGAUUAUGGAUAGAUUUGAUUGAUAAUUUCAAGGAAUAUUUUAGUUUAUGAAAUAUUUAGUGAUAAUUAGAUUAUUUAGUAAGACGAAUAUCUUAAUGGUGUCAAAAUUGGUAAUUGGAACAUAAAUUAAAUAAUUAACUUUAUAGGGAGUACAUUUAAUAGAAUGUAUAACAUAAUAAUGAUUUGUUAAAUUUUAGAGGUGGAGGAUAAUAUGAUAAAUAUUGGUAUAAAUAAAGAUAAUGGGUUAUAACUUUCGAGCAAAUUCUCUCAGUAUUUUUAACAAUAAUCAUUAAUAAGAAAUUGCUCGAAUUAAUUAUAAAAAUGAAUGGAUGUAAAAAAUCAAAUUAAUAAAAGCGGGAUGUUAGGAUGAAUUUUGUUAAAAAAUUGGUCACUGGAUAGUAUUGAGCGAUUUUUUCAAAAAGUAUUUCUUUGAAUUACAAAGCAGAGAUUGUAAAAUUUUUAAUUCUGGGAAUUAUUAAUUUGGCCAAAAAGUUGGAAUAUGAAAUUUCAACUAUAAAGGUUGGGGAAAAAAUAACUAUAAAAAGAUGUAGAAUACUUAAUAUUCAUUAUUUUAAUUAUAGAAGGGGUGGCUUAUUUUCAUAAUACGGAUUAAAAGAGGACAAAUGGAAAGUUGUGAGUGAGAAUUUCAAGAGUAAAUUAUUUACUAUUGUAAUCUAGAGAUAGUAAAGUUUUCUAUAAAGGAGAAUAUAAAAAUGGUAGAAAAUAUGGGAGACGGAAAUUAAAUCUAGAGGUUAAUAAGAUAAAUAUUAUUAAGAAAAGAACGAGACAUAUACAUAUAUUUUUAUUAGUGGUAAUGGAUUAUUUAAUGAAGAAGGUUAGAAGAAUGGUUUAUGG